GGGUGAAGCUGCGCAUGCGCACAGCGGAAACGCGUUCUGGCGGUUGAAAAAUGGCGACUGUUACUGAGCUGAAGACCGUGUUAAAGGACACCUUGGAAAAGAGAGGGGUGCUAGGACACUUAAAGGCGAGGAUCCGAGCCGAAGUUUUCAAUGCCCUGGAUGAUGACCAAGAACCCCGGCCAUCGCUGUCUCAUGAGAACCUUCUCAUUAAUGAACUCAUUCGGGAGUACCUGGAUUUCAACAAAUAUAAGUACACAGAAUCUGUGCUCAUGGCAGAAUCUGGUCAACCUGUAGUUCCAUUGGACAGACAAUUUCUCAUCCGUGAACUAAAUGCCUUUGAAGAAUCAAAGGAUAACACAAUACCUCUUCUGUAUGGAAUUUUAGGUCAUUUCUUGCAUGGCCCAAAGGAUGGCACCCACCAUGCAUUUGUGAGCGAGUCCUCACGGCAGCCUCCCAGGCCACAUCUUGGCAGGCAGUCCAGUGGAAGAAGGCGGAUGGAUGACUGCCUGAAAAGGGAGCAGGGGACUGGUGCUGAUGUCAACGCAGAGAAGAGAUAAUGAGCAACAUGGGACUUGAUACAACAUCUCACUGCGCAUCCCCAUGUUUGCAUCUCAUAGCUCUCAUGUUGCUCUGGAUUUGUGAAUAAAGCUCACUGGAUGUGACCAAAGAA